AUGAGCGCAAUGGAUCCGCAAUCGCAGCUGGAAAAAGCCGCCACGGAUCUCAACUAUGUGCUGCACUUCUUGCGCACCGAGUACGCUCAAAAGUUUGAGGCCUCCGGCGAGCCCAACCUUAAUCCAAUGAAGCUCAUGCAGAGGCUGGAGCGCAUUCAGGAAGACCUUCCUCGGCUCAAGGAAGACUGCCUCACCCUGUGCACGGAGAAGCGGAACCUCAUCGAGAUGAGCAAGAAAACUCUGCUCGACACGAGGCAGCGACUGCUGGACAUGAACAAGAACCUCGGCCUCGACAUGCCCGACGACCACCUCGACAGCAUCUAUCAGGACUUCAAUGAGAUGGCCGCAGUGUGCAACGACCAAAUCAGCGAGAUGAUUCCCUGCUUCUCCUCCUCCAACAGCUGA